CGAGUUCAGUGGCUUGCGUUUACAUCAUGGUGACUGACGUUACGGGAGCGCCUUUGUGUAGAAGUAAAGAACUUCUUCUACUUCAAGUAUGACGGGUUGACACAGUGAUACUAAUAAUUGUAGGGAUCUUUGACAAGCGGUGUUUGUCUGGUUUGGUUGUUUGAAUAGAAAAACAAUGUCUGCCAAUGAAGAUCAAGAGAUGGAGCUGGAAGCUCUUCGUUCUAUAUAUGAAGGGGAUGAGUGUUUCAAGGAACUCAGUCCGACGACUUUCCAGUUUAGAAUAGGAGAUCACGAAGACCCCAAAGCUUUUCUUUUGGACGUUUCAUGGCCGGAGACAUAUCCUGAAACUGCCCCUCAGUUAACCUUACAAGCCUUUUUCAACAAUAGAAUAUCUCCGACCACAAAGCAGGAUAUUAUCUCUAAGCUGGAGGAGCAGGUGGAAGCUAACCUGGGCACAGCCAUGAUGUACACAUUGUUUGAAUGGGCCAAAGAAAACCAAGCAGAUCUGAUGGAGCACCACCAGCCUGUGAAGGAUGCAGCGACUCUUAACCCCAGCAAUGAAACAUCGAGUCCUGUGUGUUCAAACAAGAAGAAGGAGAAGAAAGAGCAGCUGACCAAAGCACAGAAGAGGAAGAUGAUUUCACGUACAGAUAAUAAAGGAGAGCUUCCUCGAGGUUGGAACUGGGUAGAUGUCAUCAAGCAUCUGAGCAAAACGGGAGGAGCCGCAGAGGACUAGACGAAACAGCAGACGAAUGGAAGGAGGCAGAGAUGGGGAAAGAUUGAUGGAUAAGGUGGUGAAGAGGUCUUAAGUGGAUGAUUGGAGGACUGACGCUGUCCGUCUCGCGUUUUCUGGAGAGAGUACAGAGUGCAACGUAACCUCGACACACACGCUUCAGACAGGGUUAUUUGAGGUUCUCCAGAAGAUGGGUCUCUCUUUGCAUUGGGGGACUGUCAGACCACUACACAGAUGUUUAGCUUUUUAAGGUCAUGUGAGCGAGGGGUAGACUGAGAAGUCUGAAGCAGCUUUGCUUUUCCCUCUGCUGUCUGCUCUUGGGUGUUUUUUGCUGUGCAAUUUAGAUAAAGUUGCAGAGUGUGUGAGCGUGUGAGUGUGUGUGCGUGUGUGCGUGUGAGCGUGUGUGUGUGUGUGCGUGUGUGUGUGUGUGUGUGUGCGUGCGCGUGCGUGCGUGUGAGAGAGAGAGAGAGUGUGUGAUGUGUUUGUGUCUAAAAGUCUAUGAGUUGUAUCUGAGUGUGUUUGUAUCAUUUGUACGAGUUUCCUUUGCAGUGUCAUGACGAUGCCACACAUACAAAUGUGUUGAUGGUCUAAUCGCACAGGCUGCCAGUCUCCUUAUCCAAUGGUAGACGCCAUCCCACUCAGAACUCUCACCUACCUCAAAUGUAAAGGUGGAAGAAAAAACACAAAAUGAGUGAGAUAAACAAGGUCAAGAUCCAGACA